UUCUCUCUUUCUCUUUACAAAUUACAUACGCACGUAAUAAAUGUAGAAAAUUACUCCGCGCCGCUUAUCGUGCGCGCAAUAAUCGGAGCCGGAUCGAGCCGAUUGGACUCGAUCAUCACCGCGCGGAGAGAACAACGGAGUAGGCGCGCGCAACACAAGCGCGUACGUGCGCGGCGGAAAUCCCUGCCUGCUGGUAUAGCCUCGCGAGAGGGGAAGGCCAGCCAAGGAGGCCCUGUAAAGAAGCGAACGAGCGAACGAAGGAAGGGAAUGGUGGGGAGGGAUAAACAGAACGUCACGCUCGCUAGGGCGCGAUCCGUAUUUCGUAGGAGAAGCGUUGGUUCAGUCGCACGGAAACCUUCGACGAGCGAGGGUGUCGCGCGUCAUUCCGGCUCGGUCGUUUAAUCCCACGAUUAAUUCGCGAAUUCAAGUUCACCAUGAUCCGCCGGGGGGCGGAUCGUUGCGGCACGCGCGAUAGCCUCCCGUGAGAUCGGUCGACACGCGUCCCGCGUGUGGAAAACGAGAAAAGGCGAUUAUACGCGCGGUCGCCUUUGUGAUCUCAAUCGAGAGAGCCUAUACCCCUUUCGAAUUUGCAUUCGAGAUCGCACGCGCUCCCGCGUCUGCGUUUAAACACGCGCGUGUCAACGCGACUAUCCACGUGCCAGAUCGUGGAUUGUUGUUGAUUAUUGCUGCGUGCGUGCGUGCGUGCGCAUGGGUUCGCGUGAAUGGCUCGCGAACAGCUCCUUUUCCGGAAGGUAACGAGUGCCGCUGCACGCGUGUAAAGCGAGGCUCCCUAUUGUUCGAACUUUGUUUCCAAAUCGUUAAGUUGAAGUGCGUGAAGUUUGAGUUUCAUCGGGUUUGAUAUCCGCGGAGGACGACAGAGUGACGGCGCAUUGAGCUGUGUCACUUUGGGAACUGACUGCCAGUGUCGUUGGUACUUGAUUAAAUUAAAACCAAGACUGAAUCUACACUGGAGAUAAAGAAAAAACGUCGGUUAAAUUGAUCUCGUUUAAUGCGCAAGCAAGUUAAUUGAACUCCCCGUUAAGUCGAGAUUGAAUUUGACAGCUCUCUAAAUGAAGCUGCGACAGGACCGUAAUUAUGACGAGAGAAGUUUCUGACUGAAAUUUCCGCAUGAUGCGGAAACGCGUUCGACGUCCCAGCACGCCGAUCGACCGACGGCGAGUGGCAUGUAGGGAAACUUUCAAGUAACGUUUACGAUAACAAUUUAGAAAAGACGGUGGAAGUCCGUCGUUUCUUGUAAAAUGCGUUGGAUUUUGCUGCCGCUGUUGACGUUGGUGCGGGCGAUAUGGUGCGCGCACGGCGCCUGCGAGCCGAUCAGAAUCGAGAUGUGUCGCGGCCUCGGCUACAAUGUCACUGUCAUGCCGAAUCUAGUUGGCCACGAGAUCCAAAACGAUGCCGAUUUUACUUUGCAAACGUUCAGCCCGCUCAUUCAGUAUGGAUGCAGCGCUCAACUGCAUCUGUUCUUGUGCUCGGUGUACGCUCCGAUGUGUACCGAGAAGGUACCCGCGCCGAUCGGUCCCUGCCGGGGUUUGUGCGAGCAAGUGCGGGCCCGCUGUUUCCCGGUCCUUCAGGGAUUCGGCUUCCCCUGGCCCGCCGCGCUGAACUGCUCCAGGUUUCCGCCGGAGAACAAUCACCAGCACAUGUGCAUGGAAGGACCGGGUGAGCCAGGACCGGCUAAUCCUAUCCAGGUGAGCAACGGCAACGGGCCCUGGGGCUGCUCCUGGUACGCCAAGUCCGGACUGUACACCUUCCUAAAUCGUUCCGGGAGAUGCGCCGCCGCCUGCGACGCCGACAUUCUCUGGUCCCAGAAGGAUAAGAGGCUCGCGGAGGCCUGGAUGGCAGCGUUCGCGACGGUGUGCCUCGUCUCCGUCGCGAUCGCCUUUCUGACGCUUUUGAAGCCGCGCAAGCGGCCUAUACUCACCACCACCGCAGAGCGUGCAAUAGUCUUCUUGACGAUCUGUCAUGCGGCAGUCGCGAUCGGCUACGUGAUCCGACUGGCUGCCGGCCGGCUAAACGUCGCCUGUAGUCCCGCGAUGCCGUUACACCCGCAGGAUCAAGCUGUCUUGGCCCAGCAGCAGCAACAGCAGCAAUACCUAACGCAAGACGGAUUGGCCAAUCCAUAUUGUGCCGUCGUUUUCCUGCUGCUCUACUACUUCGGCAACGCAGCGAUCGUUUGGUGGGUCGUGAUAUGCGCGUGGUGGUGCAUAAUGGCCAGAAAAUGGACGAGGACGGCCGGCAGCUACAACAAGGAGGAUAGUUUCGGGCCGCAGCAGGGGUGCUCAACCGUCGCCGCCGUCGCGGCCUGGGGCCUUCCCGCCGCACACACCAUCGCCGUGCUGGUCACGAGGGAUGUCGACGCUGACGAGUUAACCGCGAGCUGUUUCGUCGGUCAGCAGAACACGCACUCCCUGCUCGUGCUGGUGCUGGUGCCGCAAUUCGUCUACCUGUCGUUCGGCGCGACGUUCCUCCUAGUCGGGCUCGCGACGUUGGUGUUACCGCGGCGCCCGGCGGUGACUCCGACGUCGGCGUCGACGUCGGCGUCGUCCUCGUCGACGGCGGCCGCGGCCGCGGCGGCGGCGGUUCUCACGGCGCUCACGGCGUCGUCCCACACGAAUGGUCCGCUGAUGGGAUCGCGGCCGCAGCGCGACGUCCCCGGGAAAUCGUCGUUGUCCCCGGCCGAGGUCCAUCGGCGACAGAAGCAGCUGUUGAUCCGCAUCGGCAUAUUCGCCUGCCUCUACGGCACUUUGAUCAUCUGCCUCGCCAGCACGACCUUCUACGAGUGGUGGGGCAGAGAGACGUGGCUCCGGGCGCCGGAGCCGUCAACCGCGCCGCGCGUACCCGCCCGGCCGCACCUGCAGCUCUUCGUCCUACGGCUCGUGGUGACCCUCGGCGCCGGCAUCACAACUGCCGCUUGGAUCUGGUGGCCGGAGAUGACCAGCGCGUGCCGCAGGCUGUCGCACUGCAAGCAGCCGCCGCAUAAAUGCCACCCGGUGCCCACCGUCGUGCACUGUUACGGCAACAACGGCACUCCUCAUCAUCAGAUUCACCAUCUCGCCCAUCUCGCGCCGUCGCAGCAUCCCCUGUUGCAGCAUCAGCACGCGACCUUAGCGAGCUCGCAGAUACCCCACAGGAACCAGAAGAAGCAUCGGAAGCACCGAAAGCAUUAUCAUUCCGGUAGUGAAACGCAAGUCUGAAUAAGAAAUUGGGACAAGUCAUGGCUAGUUGUUCCAAGUGCCUUAUGUGAUCUUGGAUAUGAUCUUGAACGGUACUUCUGCUCCGAUUAUAUUUAGGAUCGUUUUAUAUCUUGUCUCAUUCUCCAAGCGACACAGUUAGGUUCGUAGUAUACAUGUAAAAAUCAACGUUAAACGCUGGCAAAAUAAACGUUUAAAAUUUGAUAUAUUUUUAAACUAUUUAACAACUGUUUGUAAAAACGUUACUUUAUUUAACUUCAAUUUAAUGUAUAUCGUUUUUAUAUGAGACAUUUUAAUGAUUAAAAAAAUGUUAAAAAUCUUUAAUAAAUGUUUUUUAAAAUGGUCAUUAAAUGGCCUGCUUGGAAAAAGAUUUUAUCCAGAGCCAAACAUUAAAAAUAUCAUUUAAUAUUUUAUUUGAAACGAUCUUAAAUGUAAGAGAUUGGGCUGUGAAUACCGCUUGCAAAACGAUACAAGCCUGAUGUAUUUUUGUAUUUGCCUGCCAAUUAUUCUCACGAAUACACAUGGAACCAUCCUUUUUAACUCUUCGCGAACUAUAUGGGGUUAAAUUAAUCUCAGAGGUUUUAAAAGCGCUGUAUUUUUUUUUUUUUUUUCAAAAUAUACACAAGCGUAUAUCUGAAGUUUCGAUGUUUAGUGAACAAAUUUUUUGUUAACAAAUGUUUGUUUUUUUAUAAGUCGUUUAUUUUUAAAAAAUAAAUCUUUGUUUUAUUUGAGUCUUUUACGGUUCACGGAGGGUUAAAUUAUUUAAUUAUAACGUCGUCUAUUCGAUAAUUGUUCAUCAAUGUGUCCCAUAGUUACACUUGAAAAAGAAAUAUUUAAUUUUA